CCUCUCUUAAUGAAGAGUGUCGUGGUACUUGAAAACGCUCUCAAACUCAAGGAUACGUUUCAUUUUCAAGUGUUGCAAUAUUCACAGUCACAGUUUGCAUAUAUUUCGGCUGUGUUACAGCCAAAAAUACCCCGCUAUAUCCGUGGCAGGUCAAGAGGAUGAGCGAAAACCACGAGAAACGGUUGCUAGCGCGGUUUGAGUCAAGAUUUCUCCCGAGCGACAUGAAGUCAACUUGGGCGGUGUCGUACGGAGCCGCGCGCCUAACUUAACUUAUAAUGAGUCAGUCGUCGCUUGGUUCCUCCCUACUUGGCUCUACCUCUGCCUUGCUGUCCCUAACUCGGCGUGUACACGAAGCUAGCUGCGAACAAAUCUUACUGCGUGUUAUUUAACGAGACGCUGGGCACGUUCACACUGCAUGAGAAGAAGCCGAGGGAGGAAGGGACGGGCGGGGAAGCCCGAGGGGAUGUUGCCGCCGGGUUGCCUUUCUCCAGCAGUCGCGAGUCAGUGCCCCGCCGCCAGCCAGCACGUACGGGGCACACACCCAUUCAUUAGCGACUCAUUAACCGACACUUCAUUAACACUAUCAAGAUAAUACGUCCGCUCUAUCUCGUGUGUUUUUAUAAGCGGCGAUGAUGAGCGUGGAGUGACGAGGUGCUGUGCUGGGAGCGGCGUGGAUCUGCAUGGUGGUUUGCUUACAUCGACAUGAACACUGGGGUAGCCAUCCUCGUGCUGCUCCUCCUGCGUGGGGACUUUGUCAGCGCGAGUCUUUGGUGCUACGAGUGUGGUACGCAAGUGACGGGCAAGCCUGACUGCUCGCAAUUCUCUCACUCCUCGACCUGGACGCAGUUUUGGAGGGAGUGUUCCGACGACUCCAUAUGCGUCAAGAUUCUCCCGGCAUGGCCAUCGGAGCGGAACGACUUGGAGACAGUGCGAGGAUGUGCGCCGCGGGCCAACCACCGGGGCGUGCAGCAUCAGGAAGGUUGCUGGUCCCAUCCCACAGCCUCCCACAGCCUCGCCUGUUUCUGUGCCACUGACUUCUGCAACACUGCCCACGUCACUACACCAAUCCUGCCUGCCCUCCUCUCCGUCCUCGCUGCCAUGCUCGUCCUAAUCGUGAGGUGACCCGCAAAACAAACUCGGUGACUUGGUUAAUGGUGGUCCAGUGACAUUAUUCUCUCGGGUCGUGACCUCUACGAGUACUAGGUCGGUUCCCUUAAGGUGGACUUUUUUGCGGGUGCCGUGCGAGAGAUCCGCUUGUCAUCAGUGUUUGCGAAGGGGGAGUGUCCCGUGUGUGUGUGUGUGUGUGUGUGUGUGUGUGUGUGUGUGUGUGUGUGUGUGUGUGUAACAGGGAGAACGAGUUAUGAUGAUUUUCCUUAUAAGCUCAGAUGCACUGGCGAGAUGAUAAGAACAUGUUAAUGAUUCAUACACACACACAGAGAGAGAGAGAGAGAGAGAGAGAGAGAGAGAGAGAGAGAGAGAGAGAGAGAGAGAGAGAGAGAGAGAGAGAGAGAGAGAGAGAGAGAGAGAGAGAGUUUAUAAAUAUAUAGGAUAUUUAUUUACGUAUAAUCUCAAGAAGCAUUAUAUAAAAAAAAAUACCAACAAUUAAGUAAUCAGCACACAAGGUUGAUAUGUAAACCAAGCUCAUAGAAAUUUACUUAUUGGAUCAUCUAGUCAAUAAAGUUUAUAUCCAUACCGCAUUUACACACUUCAGCCUCCGGGACAAGAGUACAGGGGCGAGUAAACGCGUGUGAACCUCCAUUGAAAGACUCAAUAAAUCUGACACAUCUUUCAUUAAUCACUAACAGCUAUGAGACAGCUCUUGUUCUACAGCCACUUCUAAACAUUAUACUGGCUAAAAACUGCAAAAUCUAUUCAUCUAAUCCCUUUCUUGUAGACGCUUAUAAAGAUUUCAUUAAGUUUUUAGGGCUGUAUUCUGAAACACUUCUGGAGCGCCUCCAGUACUUUCAAAAGGCUCUAGCUAAAGUUGCACUCUUUUUAAGGGUGAUUUUACGGUUUUAAUGAAAAAUUCACAAAAUUUUAAAAUUAUUAGCAGGAGAAACACUCUUAAAAACCUGGCUAAUCAUCUCAGUGUCCUUGGAAAAUAGUCAUGGUGGGAGGGAAGAGCGUUUCAGAAUACUGGCCUUAGUGUCGAGAAUUGUUGCAUAUCGUGGGGAAGGAUUAAACACUCAUCUUUCCCGCGUCAGCCGCCUCCCAGGGCCGCGCUUCGCACACACAAGGGCAGGAGGGCACGACCAGACCUUAUUUUUUCCCCUAGAAGAGUCUCAUUUCAUCUCCUGAGCCAGUACCUUAUUUUCCCCUCAUUUCUCCCUCUCUCCUUCUCCUUCCGCCCUCCUCCUCCUCCCCCUCUUCCUCCUUAACUCCAACUUCCAUUCUCAUCUUCUUCCUCCUCCUCCUCCUCCUCUUCGUCAUCGUCGUCCCCCUUCCUUAACUCAAUUUUCUCCAAUUUGAGCCUCAUUGUCGGUGAUAUUUCCCCAUCACGGUGAAGAUAAUAGGAACGUCUCGGCGGCCGAAGCCUCUCUCGGGGGAGAAGGAAGCGUAAGGGGAGAAAAAGGGAGGGAAUUUAUUUCUUAUUAAAGCGAAGAUGAUCGACCUUCCUAACAGCACUAAUGAAAAAUAACAAGUAGAGAAAGACCCGUAAACUAAUGGUAGAAAAAAAAAAAAAAAACUGAAAAGUAUGAGUGUGAAUGGAUGCUAUGAGAAAAAUAAUAUAGAGUUUAAUUACAGUACAUUCGAAAAGAAAAAAAAAAAACGUAAACUAAUAAAAAAAAAAAAUCAAGAGAAGUGUGAAUGAAUACGAAGAGAGAAAAAUAAGUGAAAAAGUUUAAUUACAGCACACUCUCGCUCAGGAAAAAUGAAAAACUUUCCUCAUUUUUCAUUUCGUCGAGUGAUCAUUGCCGUGAUUGUGAACUAGAAAAUAAUGUCAUCAUCUUGGAGGUUACAGCGCGUGGUGAUGAGGCCGAGAAGGGCGGUGAGGGAUCGUGAAGGGAAGGGAGAAGAGAACGAGGGAGGGAAUGGUUAGAAGACUGAAGGGGUGAAGAGAAGAGAGGGGCCGUGAAGGGAAGGGAAGAAAGGGAAGUUGGAGGGGAAUGGAUGAUGGGAAAGUGGGAUGAGAGGGAAGAAUAAAGGAAGAACGAGAAUUAUUAUUAUUAGAAGUCAGGAAGUAGGAAGGAGGAAGGAACGAAGAUAACUGGAAAAGAAAGGAAGGAGAUGGGGGAGUGUGAAGAAGAGAGGAAUAGAGGAAAAACAAGGAAAAUUAUUAGAAGUACGGAGUUGCGAAUGAGAAUGAGAAGGAAUGAAGGAAAAUAAGAAAGAAAGGAAGGACAUGAAAGUGUGAGGAAGGAUGGGAGGAAGGUAUUAGAAUGCGUAAUGGAGAAGGAGAAAGGCAAGAGAAAGGAGAGUAGACAGGGGGGAAGAAUGACGGCAAAACUGAAAAACAAUAAAUGUAAAGAGGAGAAGAGGUGGAAAACGUCAAAUAUAAAGAUGCAAUGAGAGAAGACAACCAUGAAAAAAAAAAAAAGAGAGGGGAGAGAAAUAGAGAAGCCGAAGAGAUAGAGGGAAGAUGGGAGGAUAAGGAGGUAGAGAGAUGAGGCGGGAGGAAGAGGAACAGAGGCCACGUGUCUGGGAAACCACAACUGUAGGAGGAGGAGGAGGAGGAGGAGGAGGAGAAUCUUCAUCACGAUCUGGGUCACUCUCUUCUUCUUCUUCUUCUUCUUCUUCUUCUUCUUCUUCUUCUUCUUCUUCUUCUUCUGCCUCCUCCUCCUCUUCCUCCGUGAUAAUUUCUUGCAUGUAACGAGCCUGAAACUUUAUGAUUUAAUUCCUUUCCCAGCAGAUUUCGAUCCUAUUUUAACGAGAGAGAGAGAGAGAGAGAGAAGAGAGAGAGAGAGAGAGAGAGAGAGAGAGAGAGAGAGAGAGAGAGAGAGAGAGAGGAGAGAGAGAGAGAGAGAGAGAGAGAGAUCCUGUGUCACAACGCAUUAUCACUUUACUAAAUUCAAACCACCACCAUCACCAACAACAACAACAACAACGGGAGGCAGAUACGACUGUUAACAGCACCGGACGCUCCACCAGAUACACAAAUAUGGAGUGAAUGAAGAAACGCACGAAAAAAAAAAAAAAAAGUUCAAGGCCACCAUGAAAAUAUUGUUGCUCUGGGUCAAACCUCUCUCUCUCUCUCUCUCUCUCUCUCUCUCUCUCUCUCUCUCUCUCUCUCUCUCUCUCUCUCAAGCAUUAAUAAAAGCCAAUAAUCCCGCCGUACUCCGUACGCUUCACGCCUCGCCAGUGCCUCACACUGCCAAUCUCACAUCUGGCUUCCUGUAUGAUACAGCCACCUUGCUACACUUCGCCGCACACGUGGUAUUUUGCAAAGGACCUGUUCAUAAUAUACCUGUCUGUCAUUUGCUGCGUGCGCGCACGCGUGCGCGCACACACACACACACACACACACACACACACACACACACACACACACACACACACACACACACACACACACA